UAUUACGCAUUUAUUUCCAAUAUUGGAGAUAUCUUUCCGCAUUUAAUAUUCAUUCAAGUUUACGGUUAGAUAAAAACCGGGAAAAUAUUAUGCAACAUACAAGAAAAGUUAUAUUUGUAAAUGUAAGAAUUCAGGAAUGUUAUUAUUGUACAACGCAGUUACGUUCUACAAUAACAGUUGCGGGACAAUCACACGUCAUGUUAAAUGAUCCCAAUGAAAUCAAGCGCGGAAGGUAUUCAAGCUGAGCAGCAGAUCCAAGAGGACGAAUAUGAUCCCUUCGCCGCUCGCCCUUCUGAUUUCCCUCUGACCUCAGAUUUUGCCGCAUUCAUGCAUCUGCUGAAGUGCGCGAUCGGCACCGGCAUAUUCUUCCUACCGCACGCCUUCAGAAGGACCGGCUACGUAUCGUCCAUCGUUAGCGGCAUUGCCGUCGGCGCGCUAUCCACUCACACCGCCGUCAUCAUCGUGCGAUGCUCCCAGAUGUUAUGCAGGCGCAAUCGUGUGCCCACGCUGGAUCUCGCCGAAACGGCGCAGUUCUCCUUCCAGAGAGGCCCAGAGAGGAUUCGAAAGUACAGCAAGCUAUUUAGCGUAGUUACCAACGUGAUCAUUAUCUUCGUGCAGUUUCAGGCCUGCGUGAUAUACAUCUUAUACGUGGCCACGUCGUUCCAACAGGUGAUAGAAUUUUUCUCGGGUGUCACAAUGAAUUCGCGAAUCUAUAUCCUCAUCUUCUUCCCCUGUACCGUUAUCCUGGCCUUCGUGCCGAGUCUGAAGUAUCUGGCGCCGUUCUCCAUCAUUGGUUCUAUCUUCUUGUUCGUCGGCAUCUUCGUGGCGUUCUACUACUUCUUCGACGAAAUUCCCGAUCCCGGUAGGCUCGAUGCCGUGACGCAGAUUCUACCUGUGCCCAUGUACUGCACCAUUUUUAUGUUCGCCUUACACAAUAUGACUCUGUACCUGCCACUGGAGAACACGAUGAAGUAUCCCCAUCAUUUGCCGCGCAUAAUCGUCGCUAACCUGCUGCUAAACACCUUCAUAUAUCUGACUUUUGGUUUUAUCGGCUAUAACAAGUAUCCAUUGGCCUGCGAUACCAUCAUCAAGAAUUUGCCACUGGAGGAAACGCUGUCCCAAGUGAUCAAGAUAACCGUUUCCUUGUCGAUCCUGUUUACUUUCGGUUUGGCGUACUACAUCCCCAUGAGCGUAUUAUGGCCCAUGAUCCGCGCAAAAAUCAUGACGAAGAGUUUGCUCUACCAUCGAUUUUGUGAAUUCUCGCUUCGAUUCGGCGGCGUGACCGCAACCACAUUGUUAGCCAUGGCCGUGCCUCAAAUGGUACCCUUGCUGGGUCUACUCUCUUCCUUAAGCAUAUCAGCGAUGAUGCUGCUGAUACCUAUACUAAUCGAGACGUCGAGUAAAUGGGAGGAAGCCUCAAGGCUCUUGCUGGCAAAGAACAUCAUUAUUUUCAUCAUAUGGAUGUUUAUCACGGUCUUCGGAAUGAUAGAAAGCGGAGCAACAAUUGUCAGAGAAUACGGUGGAAUAAAGGAAGAGGAAUGUUGAUCGAUAAACUCGUUAAACUACUUAAGAAGCUCUUAGCGCAAAAUUAUAAAAUUACUCCUUACGAUAAUGCCAGAAGAAUUGAGAAUUAUCUAGAGAAUUAUAUAGCCACGAUAAGGGACAACAGAUUCUCUUCUGGAAAAGAUAAAGAUAAUGAAUGAUAAAAUAAGGGGAAUCUAACAGCGCGUUCGCGCUUUCCUCGCGUUGCGAUUCUUGCCAGAAGAAAUAUCUCCCGCUCCAUAAAUCCGCUGGUUACGAGAUCAUUAGAGCUCGCGUACCUCGAUACGCCCCGUAGGGGUGACGUAUCUCAGACGUGUUCUCUCGCGAUUUUCUCGCUUCUAAAUGUCUGAGAUCAACGUGACCGAUACUGACCGGUAUCGAGGACCCUUAAUUUCCGUAAAGAUUGGAAUGUGGCACUUGCGACAUUCUGGUGAGACACCUUCAAUUUCCCUCGGCUCGCGUUUACGUAAUGCACGGUACAGCGGAGUUGCGCCGUCUCGUGAUGUGGAACAAGAGCCUACAAUGAGAAAUUGCAACGCGGCUCCAGCGGCGGUCUAGAGAAGGUGGGAGAUCACCUUCUUGCGAGAGGACGAAGAGAGACGGCGAGCGAGCGCCGGCCGCUGAACGGAAGGAGAUGAGAAUAAGGUGAAAGGAAACGCGCGAGAUACGGAGGUGCGAAUCGAGCUGAUCGCACAGUCGAAUAACCGACGUCCCUAUGGGUACGAAACUCAAGCACGGUUACUCGACUAGUAUUCUUCAGGAGCCGGUACUCGACUAGUAUUCUUCAGGAGGUGCCGACGAUUUUCGAUCCGAGCAGCUCGUCGCGCCCGAUCCUUUUAUCGAGUCGCGUCCGACUCUAAAGUGCUAUUAAUCAAUUAAUUAUGCGGUCGCCAACGUUCGAGCGAGAACAAACGCGCGCAAUGGGCUAGAGAAGCGGAAGCGGUAUCGCAAGGAUUAGGUGGAGGGAAAAACGUGAAAGCGGAAAGCGAUUCGACGGAUUGUACGUGAUCGAUACGUAGCGCUUUCAAGGAUACUUUCGGUGAAUUUCGGAUCUCAACGCAUUGAAACGAUUGCUCAUUCAUGAAAUCGCAAACAACGAGGCAUGUACCUUGGAGAAGAGAAUAAGUGUUAUCUUAUAAAUACAAUUUACUUAAAUAUUUGUUUUCAAAUAUCUUUAUAAUUGUUGUUUUGCACACGAAAACAUUCUAUAUUUAUCUUCAGUUUCCUCGAUAUUUUCGAUUUCAUUCUAAUUCUCUCUAUUAUCACACGAUAUUUCUAAUUUAUAUCAAGAUUUACUCUUGACAUUAAGAUAACAAUGACUUAUUCAUUUUACAGACAAUCGUAUUUAAAGAAAAAAAAUGAAGAAAAGAUUAAAUUGUUAUUCUCUGUCCUCUUAUUUAUAUCUAACACCAAGGACUUAGACUAGGAAAGGAGUAUUUUAUUUAUUGUUAAUUCUUCAAGGGGCGUUUACACGUGUGGUUUUUAAAUCCUUUGCAAUGUUAAACGUUUAUAUCCGUCGAUUGUACGGAGAAAUUUUUUUUUUGGAUGUGUAACACUGGCAAGCGGAUUCGUUACAUCGAUUUUGACUUCUGCCACACUUUAUCGUGUACAUAAUUCCAAAGUAACGUCGAAUUAAGCACAUUACACAUGCUGUCACUAUCUACUCCCUCCCUUCCCGGUAUUUCGCACGAGCGAGGAAGCUCGUGCUCGGUAGUCACUCACGUGUAUUGACUGUCCGUAUAUAUAUACCUGGCUAACGCCAAGGAACUUGCCCAGUCGCGUUCGGUCUGUCACUGUUCCACGUUAAUUUCGUCUUGUUACUCCUCGUUAUUACCUUCCCCUUCGGUGCCAGACCAGAAACAGGUAAACCCAGCAUCCCACAAAAUUGACGAGAGUUAUCUACCUAUCAUCCUGCAUCAACCACCUCAGCAAUCUCGGACAGAGACAAGUCAUCAAUCUUCCGGAUAAUUACGCGGGCACAAAACUGUCAUCAUCAGCACCCUGUGAUAUUACGAAAAUGUCGACGAUAAUUUUUAAUGGAACUCAAGGACGGGCUAUGAGCUAUUAGAGAUAAUUUAUUUCGGGAUCAAAAUUUUUCAUGGUGGAGUCACCCGUAAAUUUCCAUCAUCAUCGAGGUAAAAUCUACUAAAUUAUCUCGCAGCGCGAGCAUAUAUAAUCUUCAAAUUAUUCUACUCUCGAUGUAAGACUGAAAUCCGCGCGACGUAGAUUCGCGACGUUCAUAAAACACAGUAGUGUCUGUUUAAUCGCUGUCGGAGAGGAUCAUCCGGUCAUUGUCCGCAAUUUGCGCAACUGCGUAUUGCAGGAUUUAUCGAGUGUGAUUCGUCUGGAUUUUAUCGAAGAUCUUACCCGAAUCGUUUUAAUAAUAUUUACCGAUAAGUAGUUAUCUCGUUGUAUUAUAAAUGUAGCCUUUAGAAAAAAAA